AUGCCUCUUGACCUACCGCUUCAAACACGACGCCCGAGGGCCAACAGCCAAGGGACCGUCGAAAAGAUCCCGGUGGAAGCAUCACCUAAGAACCAGAGCAUCUAUAAUUCAAUCCGAGAUGAUGAAGAGCGCCACCAGAAACAGCGCCAUCUUCAGCAGCAUGUCAUCGCUGAAGAUUUCCUGUGUCCGCCCGAUACAUUGGCACCGCCUAUGGCAAGAAGUAUCACAAAUGACAGUCAAAUCAGUGCCAGCAGCCUAUCACCCGCCUCAAUGACAGAACCGCAAGAAUGCAAUAUCCCAGUAAUAGAAGUGUCCCCAACGACAAAAAGACGCCCCCGAGGACGGAGAGCCGGCCCUUUGGGUGCUGAAAAGAGGUAUAAGACGGCAAUAAAGAGGAAAUUGGGAUUAGUCUGCGAUCGCUGCAAGCAAAAGAAAGUUGUCUGCGAUCAUUACGAUCUUUCCAAGCUUGAAGAAGCUUAUCAAGCGCAUCGAAGCGCCACGCAAACAGAGCCCCAAAAGCUCAGCCCAGCCGCGACGGAUCUCUUUGGCCUGGAGAACAGUCGAGCUCCAACACCUAAUUUUCCAGCAGAGGAAGACAUAGCGAAUGAUCUCAACGGGCUUCCUGCUCAACCGCACAACCGACAGGCAGAUCUCUACAAUUACAUUAGCAGCUUCAGUGUCGACAACGUCAGUUUUAGCAACAAUAACAUCAGGAGCACGUACACUACAACCUUCGACCAGUCGUAUAGCCCUGGUCUUCCCAGCUCCGGGCCACCAUCUCAGAUCGUAUCUCUCCAAACCCCCGUUCCGGUUGGCAGUGAAAUACCUGCUUUCCCUUCGAGGUGGAAAUGUGAAUACAAGAGCUCAGGCCUCGACUUUUGCCCGCCAGAAGACGCUUGCUCGUGGACCGGGCCACUGCAGGAGUUGGAGGCACACUUUGUAGCUGAACAUUUUGUGUUUCAAGGUCCAGAGUACUGGUGUGAAUGUACUAUAUGUGGGACGCUCGCUUUUGGAUGGAAUUCUCCGAAACAGUGUUCAGAAAGUUGUUAUGGGAGAUCGUGGCGGAGAUGCUUAUAUGGAACCACUUCGGCCACUACCGCUACCCUUACGCAGUCUGUGGAGUCGGAGAGUGUGUUCUCGUAUGAUGCAAGAUCGCCUUUUGGCUGA